AUGGAGUCUGUACAUGCAAACAUGGGGUUGUUUGCAAUGCUGCCGAAAGAGCUUCGCACGAUGAUUUGGAUCGCCCUUGCGAACAAGCCGGAUAGGGACAGCGACAGCGACAGAAUCGUCAUCAAAGACUUGAGCGAUGAACAUGGCCAAAUGUUCGACGAGUAUUCCGAUUCUGACGAUAUCUGGUGCAUUGCCAGAUUUCGCAAGCCCAAGAAGAAUAGUGAAGAGGAAGUCACUUCCGGACUCGAACCGACAAAAGCAGAAGGUCCCCUCUUUACUUUACUACGGACAUGCCAAGGAAUCUACAAACAUGUCUCUGACUUCAUGUACAGCAAAGAAGUUAUCUCUUUCCAAAUUCGCAGUCAAUGCUACUUUUAUCCAAAACGCAAGACAAUCUAUGAAUGGAAGAUUGAAAGUCAAGUCCUGGGAAAAUGUUACACCGUAAACCACGAAUACGGCAUCCACCCGAAAAUCAGCAAUUUCCCCUACCACAAGGUCAAGACCAUCAAGUUUGUCAUCGAGGCACCGAAUUUCAAGGAGGAACCAGCGGAGAUUUACGGUCUCUGGCACAGCGUGAGGAAGCUUUUCGACAUGUUCUCCACUAUGAAAGCUCUCCCUGACAUAGAGAUCGAGCUACCAGAUUUAUAUAUGGAACAUGGGUCGCACGUGGUUCAUUCUGGAACUACGAAGAAACCUGUAAAGUGGGAGAGGAACUGGUCAACCAACGGUAUUCCGAACUCUUGCAUAGCGAGAGCAUAUGUCGAUAGGUAUAACGGAGUGGAUUUCAGGGGGAAAUAUGUUCUCGACUGCACCUCAAUCCUGAAUCUGUUCUUCCUCUUGGAAAGGCACGGCGAAACAAAAGUCACUUCCACUCCAGACCUUGAAGCCGACGAAACCUUCGCCAGAUCGGCAUCCCAAUUGCGCAGCUCCAAAACCGCAGGCAUAUCCAGGUCCAAAAUCACAAAAGAGGUAGACAGAACAUACAUCUCUCUAGAAGACGCGCUCGACGUAUUCUCUGGCACCGUCAGUCAUGAACUGCGCUUGAAUCGCUCGGCCGCCUGGGUCGAUCAGGAUGGAAAACAUCCUUAUCUCGAUGAAUGGGAACGCAUAGACAAGACGCACGAUUUCGAUCUCGACAUCCUACCGAUCAAGACACGACACAGAUACGCUGUGGCAUUCAACCCUGGCUCAAUAAAUAUGCAGAAAAUGCGACGCGCUCUAAACAUCCCGUCUAAGCCCCAGCACUAUGAGCUUCGGCGUUUUUUUAGUAUUGCGCUUUAUGACAAGGAAUACUAUCCUCAUAUAUGCAAUCCUGAGGAUGCCAGGAUUUCGUCUAAGCAAAGAGCGGCGAUUUCGAACCUAAAGUUCAAAGUUGUGAGAAGGAAGGAAUGGAACAAGUACUAUGAUGUGAAUGGUAUAUAUGCUGUAGGGUGUAACAAACACGGUGAUAUAGAUCGAUUUGUUCGAAAUAUGGCGGGAGAUUGGGAGACGAAGGAGUGGAGGGAGUUUGAACGGAGAUAUCAAGAGAGAAGGGGGUUGAUUGACUUGGAGGCUUCUUCGGAACUGGCGCAAUAG